CGAUAUUCACAAAGAAAUAUUGAAGUUUGCAAUAAUUUAUUCCUUUUAAUUUCAGUGGACUGUCAGAAAACUAAGAAGGAAGACGAAAAGAAAGAUGAGGAGUUUAAGUGUCCUGAAGGACAGGGAAAUGGAAACUUCGCUGACCCCGCUACAUGUCGAAGGUUUUACCAGUGUGUCGAUGGAUAUCCGUACCUCAACAGAUGUCCUUCUGGUCUGCACUUCGAUGACAUUAGCAAGUUUUGCACAUUUAAGAAUGAAGCUCGGUGCGGCCCAAUUGCUACAACAAUUGCUCCAAUAACAGAGCCUCCUAUUGACUUGGCAGAAAGGUGUGACACGUCUCAGUGUCAACUUCCAGAGUGCUUCUGCUCUCGAGAUGGCACCAUCAUUCCUGGGGGAUUCAGACCGGAAGAGGUACCUCAGAUGAUAUUAAUGACAUUCGACGGAGCAAUUAAUCACAAUAACUUUGACCAUUACCAAAAAAUCUUCACGAAAGACAGAUUGAAUCCAAAUAAUUGUCCUUUGAAAGGCACUUUCUUUAUAUCCCACGAGUACUGCAAUUACAACAUGGUGCAAAGUUUGGCACAUGAUGGUCAUGAGAUUGCUACGGAAACCAUAUCACUUCAGAAGGGGCUCGAAGACAAGGGUUACGAAGAAUGGGUCGGAGAAAUGAUCGGCAUGCGAGAGAUUUUGAAGCAUUUCAGCAACAUAUCCAGAAGUGAAGUAGUAGGUAUGCGAGCACCGUACUUGAAACCUGGUCGCAACACUCAAUAUAAGGUACUGGAAGACUUCGGUUACAUAUAUGACAGCAGUAUUGGCAUCUCUCCUUCAAAAGUUCCGAUUUGGCCGUACACCUUAGACUACAAAAUCCCACACGAGUGUAAGGCUGGAACAUGUCCUACUAAGACGUUUCCAGGCGUCUGGGAAAUACCUUUGAACGCGCAUUACGUGGAAAGCUACGAAGGUGGACAUUGUCCUUAUCUGGACCAAUGUGUUCUUCACAAUCACGAUCCUGAGGAAGUGUUUGAAUGGCUGCGAGAAGACUUCAAUCGUUACUAUGACCAGAAUCGCGCUCCCUACAUGAUGCCCUUCCAUACAAAUUGGUUUCAAAUCAAGGAGCUUGAAAAGGGAUUGGCUAAGUUUGUUGAUUGGGCCAUUACAUUAUUCAAGCCAAGAGCGACAGACGAGGAGCAGCAAGCGACAACCAAUGAGCAAACCGAAUUUUCAGCAGUCCAUGUAUUAUACGUCCACGUCCUGAUCAUAAGUUCGGAAAAAUUCAAUGCUAUCAUUGGUUUUCGCUUGCUGCUCGUUGCUUGUCGUCCCCGGCCUAAAUCUGGCAAUAGAACACGCGGCUUCCCCAUAAUCGAAACCCGCUAA